AUGCUGCUGCUCGGCGCCGCUGUGGCCGCAUUCGCGCCAUCUUCCUCCUCCGUGCCUCUUGGCUGCGCGCUGCCCGCAUCGGGCGGCCGCGCCGCUGUGAGCAUCUGUGCGACGGCGACCAUCUCGCGGCAGGCUCCGUUGCCCACCGGGCCCGACCCGUACAAACUGGUCGCGUCCGACCUCGAGCACAUCAAGGCCUCCAUCAAGAAGGUCCUCUCGGACAACAAGGGCGGCUCGGGCGCCAUCUCGAAGAAUGAGGUGCUGACGAUGGCGGCGCGAGAGUUUAUGCAGCGGAAGGGGAAGUCGUUCCGGCCGAUGGUGGUGUUGCUCGUCGGCCGCGCCACCCACCCCGACUUCUCCAUCGGCAACCGGCACUACAAGCUCGGCGUGAUCGCGGAGAUGAUCCACACGGCGUCGCUCAUCCACGAGGAUGUGCUCACCGGCGCCAGCAUAAAGCCCUGA